AUGGUGUAUGGGGUUUACGUCGACUGGAGGGAUAGGGCACACUCUCCGAAGAAGGUCAUGACUUCAGACAUGGUGUUGGUUCGCCGGGGCCGCCUACUGGCCCAGUGCAUGCCCCUGAAAGACUUCGGCUGGUAUCGCUACGACGAUGAGUCGUACACCCCCUUGGAAGGCGAGCUUUUGGGCAACACGGACCUCAGUCCCGAAGAUUACUCACUAGGCGAAGAGAUUCUCGACGACGCAGACUCGGGAGACGAGUCGGAUGGUGGCACGGAUAGUGUUGACGACAGCGGCUACGGAGAGAGUGGCGACGGCGACGAAUCGGGUGAAGAACGCGAGGAAGACCUUGGGAAGACCACAUCAGCGAUGUCCAAGACGGAGUGGUUUCUCAGACGGGAUCUCACCUGGGGACUCGCCUGGAUGUCCAUCCUGCCUCCUAACGAGCGUUCUUGUAAGGAGUACCUCUCGGACGCUUACGUGCCUUGA